GUGGAGAGUCAUCUCCAUACAAACCGUUUGGUGGACGGGAGUCUGUGUGGGGAAUUUCGUCCUUUGGCUUUUAUUAUUGGACUUUUCGCAAGGACUAAGAAACAAUGGUGAACAUCCCCAAGGAACGUCGCACCUUCUGCAAGGGCAAGAAGUGCCGCAAGCACACUGUGCACAAGGUCACGCAGUACAAGGCCGGCAAGGCGUCCAAGUUCGCCCAGGGUGCUCGUCGUUAUAACGAGAAGCAGCAGGGUUUCGGUGGUCAGACCAAGCCCGUCUUCCACAAGAAGGCGAAGACCACCAAGAAGAUCACGCUUCGCAUGGAGUGCAAGGAGUGCAAGGCCAAGAAGCAGCUCCCCAUCAAGCGCACCAAGCACUUCGAACUUGGUGAGAAGAAGAAGACGUCGGGCCAUACCUACUAAGCGCUUGGUCCUGCGUUCGCUCGUCUGUUGAGUGCCUUUUUCCCACGUCGUCGUCGUCGCUUGCGCACUGGAUCGCCAUGUCGAGUGCCAUUUGAUUGAUUGAUCACUGCGAGUCCAAUAAGAUACCUACUUCUUCAUGGUGUCUCUCCU